AUGGACACAUUAAAAGCGACAUUACUGAAGUCUUGGUCAAGACUAGCAAGUAUAUUAGGAAAUCCUUCGCAGAAAGCACCAUUAUGUCGUCUCAAUCACUUUCGCAAUACAGAAGAGCCGGAUCUGUAUACAACCGGGGGGUUCCAUCGUGUUUCUCUGGGCGACACGUUCGAUCAUGGGAGAUACGCCAUACUGAGGAAGCUUGGUUACGGACAGUACUCUACAGUCUGGCUAGCCCAAGACUUCAAGCAUAAGAAAUAUGUGACACUCAAACUGUUGAGGGCCGAUUGUUAUGGCGGCCCUCAUGACAUUUUUGAACGGGAAAUUCUGUCCAAAAUAUCGGACAUGUCUAGGAAUAGCACACAUGAUGGUGCCCGUCAUAUACUACCUCUUAUCGGUGAUUUCACGCAUACGGGGCCGAAUGGGGAUCACGUCUGUCUUGUAUUCGAUGUCUUGGGGCAUCAUCUUGACUUCCAAUGUGCGAAGUACGAAGAUGGGAGGUUGCCAGUCAGAGCAGUAAAACUAAUUGCGCGACAGCUUCUGCUUGGGCUGGACUUCCUCCACAGAGAGUGUGGAGUCAUUCAUACAGGUAUGGGUAUAGUUUCUAAUACAUUUGUUCUGUAUUUUCUCACAGGGCGGAUAUUCCCGAUAGAUCUUAAGCCAACAAACAUACUUCUGGAACUGGAGAAUCCAGAUAGGGUUAUUUCUCGGUAUCUGGAGAAGGUACCUCCACUAAUGGAUACCCAAGGUAAUGCCGAAGUGCCGCUUCGUGAAGUUAUCACAACACCACUCAUCUCAGAAAUGGAGGCACCCCGCAUCAGGAUCAUCGAUUUUGGCGUAGCAUCCUGGAGGGACAAUCAUCUGUCAGAACAAAUUCAAUCGUCAGCUCUGAGAGCACCUGAAGUGACCAUUGGUGCGCCAUGGGAUACCGGGGUUGAUAUAUGGAGUCUCGGAUGUCUUAUCAUGGAGCUGGUUCAAGGAAUAGUUCCAUUCUCUGGGGAGGCAUCAGAGAGAGGAACCUGGACAGCUGAAGACGACCGUUUGGCAAGGACCAUCGAAAUCCUUGGCCCCUUUCCUCUGGAGCUUCUCAGGAAAGGCAGCCGUACACCGGACCUCUUCGAUGAGAAAGGUGACCUGCUUCGAAUCCCGAACAUGAAAUCCACAAGCCUUGAAAGGCUUCUUAACGGCACGACAAAGCCUUUCCUAAAACCUGAUGAUAUGCCAGAUGCCGAAGUUCCUAUUUUUAUUAACUUCCUGAGGGCAUGCUUACGAUUGAUCCUGAGCACCGGAGUUCAGCGGCAGAGUUGCUUCAGCAUGAAUGGGUCAGAUCAUGACGCUAUCGAGUGGUUAAAGGUGGAAAGAAUUGAAGGUUCCUAUGAAACGAUGCAUACAAGUAUACGAACCCAAUAA